GUCGAUCACAUGAUCAUUUUCCCAGGCAUCAAGCAUAAAAGGUGGAAACACCGAAGUCCCGGGCGGUCGUCUCAUACAAAGAAAGGUGAAUAGAUUAAUUAAUGCCUGGAGUAAUCUACGACUAGGUGCCUAGUUCAGCGGACCUCCACAAACGGACUGUCUCGGCCCAUGCAAGUCAACGAUAUGAAGACCCGCCAUACAAUCGCCAGUCCUCUUCGAAUUCCUCUCUCCGAUCGAACGAACGUCAUCUACUCUGAUCAACGAAGAUUGAGCACGGAUUCUUUAAUACAGAAAAUCAUUCGGGAAAAAUUCGAAUUGUGUACAGUAUUGACAAUAGCUCAUCGACUGAACACCAUUAUUGAUUCAGAUAGAGUGCUGGUUUUAGAUGCUGGAGAAAUUCAAGAAUUUGACAAGCCGCAUGUACUGCUGAAUAACGUCAGGGGUAUUUUCUAUAACCUGGUUAUGAAAACGGGACGAACAUCAAUGAAACAACUUUGCGAAAUUGCUAAAGAUGAAUAUUUCUUAAAGGAGAGUGUUAUAAAAACGAAAUUAUAAAAUAAUUGAUCUACGUUCUGUUUGCUUUAGGAGUGGCUACUCGAGAAAUUAACGUAAUUUAAUAGAUUUUUACACAGGUCGUAUUAAUGAAAGGGAUUUCGUAUUUGUAUUUUAUAUAAAGUCAUUUAAUUUAUAAUUUUUUAUAUUUUACACAAUAAAAAGAUAUAUCAUUGUAUUUGUCAUAUUAU